GGAAAUUUGGCAUUUGGCCGAACACGCCGGAACAUUUAAGACGUAAUAAAAAUAGACUCAUAAAUAUAUAUAAAGGCUGAUUUGCAUAAAGCCUUCACGAACACUCUCCCGCUCCCCAAACGAAAGGAAGCUCUGGCGCACCCACCGCCAAGAAUCUCAGGUGAAAGCAAACCAAUCGCUAAGCUAAGUUUCUAAACCUCUCACCACAACAUCGCCAUGCCGAUUCUCUCCUCUAACUCCAAUUACCAAUGGAUCCUCUCCCUCAAGAUCUUCCUGAUCUCCACUGGAGUUUUGUCCAUGGCCGUCUUUCUCAAGUUCUCUGUUCCACUGGUGGCUGAUUUCCUCGUCUCUGAAAUCCCUUCCAUCUGGACAUGCUUCAUCUCCUGGUUAAGACCUCCUUAUCUCUACUUGGUUAUUAAUUGCAUAAUCAUCAGUAUUGUUGCCUCUUCUAAGCUCCAGCAGAAGCUGGAGGAUGGGGAAUCCGUGCUAUCCGUUCCGGAGACGCUUUCUCCUCCGCCCCUCGCUAAGAUUUCCUCUGAGUCUGACUAUGUUGUUUGUGGCGGUACCGAUAUUUUGAAUGGAUACUGUUACAACAAUGCGAAUCAGAACGCCGUCACUAAGAUUGCGGACCUUCACAUUGACGAAUCGAAUGGCGUGUACGGACGGAUGAUGGUAGAACCUGGGGUUUCGGAGAUGGAGAAGAAAGGGGAGAAUGAUUCUUUGAUUCUGACAACAGCUGCUGAUGAGACUGCUAUGUCUAGUCCGAUGACGAACGCUCUGCAUAGGAAAGAUUCCGUCGGACUUUUGUUUUCAAACGAGAAGGAGAAACCGCCGGUUUCUUCAAGAAUCGGCCAACGGAAACUCGUGAAAGCCAGUCCUGAAGGGAAGCCGUUGGGGGUUUCAAAACCGAAGAGGCAGGACACGCUGGAGAGCACGUGGAGGACAAUAACGGAGGGGAGGUCAAUGCCGUUAACGAGGCACUUGAGGAAGUCGGACACGUGGGAGUCACAGGGGCGAAGGGCCAACAUGGCGGUGGAUCCAGCGACGCCGCCUUCGAAGGUGAUGACGAAGUCAGAGACGUUCAAGGACCGGAGCAACGUGGGGUCACCGAGUCCGUCGCCGGGGGGGUCGGGGAGGCUGAAGAGAGAACCGUCGCUGACCCAGGAGGAGUUGAACCGGCGAGUUGAGGCGUUCAUAAAAAAGUUCAACGAUGAGAUGAGGUUGCAGAGGCAGGAAUCGCUGAAGCAGUACCAGGAGAUGGUGGGCAGUAGAGCCAACUAACUAGCUGUGUGUAUAUAUUUUUUUUUUUACUCCAAAUUGACCCAUUUCCCUUUUUCCCAAAUUUUAAAUAGGCAUAUCAGAUAAGGAAUCAAGGAUUAGGGUUUUUAUUUUUUAUUUUUUCAGUUUAGAUUUCUUUUUGACACACCAUAUGAACUUGGUGUUCCUUCG